AUGUCUUUUUAUAACAACACCUCUCACAAUCAGAACAACAAUAAUUAUUAUCCACAAUCAAAUCAUGGAAAUUCCAAUGGGUAUCCGUAUGGUGGUAGUAGCAAUAGUAAUAAUAUAGUUAAUAAUGACGGGUACGAUGGUCGAACUUUUCCAACAUCGAAUACCAAUAAUGGAUAUUCCAACAAUACCAAUAGAUAUGAUGAUAUGGCUUCUGGGUAUUCAAAUUAUACUAAUGAUGCAUACCCUCCUUACAAAACAAGUCCGCCAAAUCCUUACUCUACUCCAUUUGAUGAUCCUCCACAAUCUUCUUACCCUCCUGCACCAAUAACAAUGAAUAGGAGCCUCACUCAGUAUGGUCCAAAAAGUCCAGUGUAUCCUCCGCCAAGGUCAUCAACCUUCCCUCAAUUACCAUCCAACAGUAAUCCAAUCAAUAAUCAAUCUCCAGUCGUAGUCUCAAAGCCGUUGUAUGAUAAGAGUGAUCCGAAUGCGCCACGUCCUCCUUCUCAGUAUGGCGUGAAACAAGAAUCAUUUUAUGAUAAAGAAUAUGGUAAUGCAGGCAACGGAAAUUACAAAGAAAAGCCGAAAUAUGGUGGAUUUAUGGGUACCUUUUGUUGUUGUUUUCCGGGUGGAGGCUGUGGAAAAAUGUGUGCGAUUCUUUGUUGUCUAGCGGUCUUGGCGGUGAUUAUUGUAGCUAUUGUUGUUCUGCUUUGGGCAAAGCCUCCAAAUGUUGAGUUCUUGGGAAUCACUGAUUCACCGAAUAAUUUGCCUGAAUAUACUAUGACGGCAAAUGGAUUUGAUUUUAAUUUUGGAUUGAAUAUUUCUGUUGAUAAUCCAAAUAUGGUUGGUGCUGAUUUCAAAUCCAUCAAAGCAACGGCGUUUUAUCCUAAUCAUACUACUCCGAUUGGAGGUGGUAAUUUGACAGAUGUUCAUAUUGCGGCAAAAGCAAACACUACAAUCGACUUUCCUUUCUCGAUAAAUUAUGAUUCAUCACAGGAUCCUGGACUGACGAUUGUACAAGACAUUUUAUCGAAAUGCGGGAUUUUUGGUGGUCAAAAACAAAAAAUAACGAUUGACUACACGCUGGUGGUUAGUUUAAAGGUACUUGCCACUACUGUGAGUCCGAGUUUUAGUAAAUCUGCGGAUUUUGAUUGUCCUAUAAAGAAUAAUCAAUUACCAAAUAUAGCGGGAUUGAAUAUAAACAAUGCGAUUAAUACUGCUGCUAGCGUUUUUAUUCACAUAUACACGAUAGAUAAUUCGACAUUUUAUUUCUCAUCAUCAUAG